ACUGAUACACAUAUAUAAAAGUAUUUGACAGCAUUGACACAAUUUCCAGAAUCAAUGUUCACCUAUUUUACACAUUGGGAGGAGGGGUUCAUGGUUACUCAAAUUCUAGGCACAUUUUAGAUGUACAUAUUUUAACAAAGCUUGUUAUGGGAUAUGCAUAUAACACUGAGAUGGCAAACAGAUUAUGUGACAGCUGGUUAUAACCACCAACGUCGUGAACAGCUAUUCAGAGAAAGCGACAGCUAAGUUUGCUAGCUAGCCAGCUAACUUGGCGAAUUAGGUCCUUCCUAACAUGACACAGCUAGCUAGCUGAAUCAUGUCAAAACGUUUUAACUUCAGUUCUGCUUCUCACCUUUACCGGUGUGCAUCAGGUGUGCUGGAAACGGCCGCGGCACUCUGUCAAUCAAGAUGCGGAAAGCGCGCUACGUUGGACAAUCCUUGCCUCCGAGGACAGUCAACUGGAUUUGCUGUAAAAUCAAUCUGCAACUGUAACCGAGCUACAUGAAAUGCCUGUAGCAUUUUCUCAUUGGCGUUUUAAUUAAAGGUAUAAACACAGGCGUGUAUUUUAGUAAGUGGCCGUGGCUAAACCUGCAAACUAUAUCAGUAGAGAAAUAUGUGUGCAAGAAAAUCUGUGCAUCGUGCCAAAGCGGAUUAGUGAAAGAUGCGAUUUACUUUGAAAAUAAUAAAUGCUGUUUAGUCGCCCUCUGGCGUUUAGUUAGCAAACAUGGCGCUCGAACCAUUAUGAAAACGAUUUCAUGAAAGUUGAUCAUUAUAUUUAAUGACAGCGAUGGAAACGUUUACAUGAAUAAUGACCUGCGUUGAUGAUGAUUGAUUUUUUUUACCUACAACGGUGUUGUAAUUCUUAAUUUUUUAUUGAAUACAUGUAUGUAUGAUAGCCAAUGUUAUGUAGCUUUACAAACGCUUGGAUACAUUAUGGUUGGCCAACUAACUGGAGCUGAGUUCAAAGUGCACACAACACGGAACAACAAAACAAACCGCUGCAGUGGUGGAUGGCUUGGCCAAAGAUCAUGUUGCUGUAGCCAGCGAGCGAUGCCAAAUUUAGCACUUUUUUUGUAUCAAGCUAGAUAGUUCAGACUUUCUACCUCAAGUAUAAUGACGAAAUGACACCUGCAUUUUCCAAACAAAGUUUGAUUUUGACCACUUUUAGCCUUGCCUUGACUCGCCUAUCUUACUGUUCUAUUGCAAAAGGCAAUGUUGAUUCAAACAUACCACUAAUAGCUAACUACUUCGGGACAAAAGGCAGGUAUGAGGACGUUAACCCAUAUCUCAGAGACAACAUCCUGGCCGUUAAUACAUCGAGACCACCGUCCUCCGAUUGCAGUGCGAUUCAUCUGACUGCUAUUAUUCGGCAUGGGACGCGGUAUCCAACUACCAAAAACAUCAAGAAGAUACACCGACUGUACGACCUCGUGGUAAACGAAGCAUCAAGCACCGAGAAGUGGCUGGAACAUAUCCAAACCGAAUGGAAGAUGUGGUACACGGAGGACAUGGACGGCAAACUGGUGCAGAAGGGAAGAGACGACCACAGACACCUAGCUAUCAGGCUGGCAACCAUGUUCCCCUCACUGGUGUCGGAAGAAAACCUACGAGGUGGACGCAUUAAGUUCACCACCAGCUCCAAACACAGAUGUGUUGACAGCAUUGAAGCUUUCCAGGUCGGUUUGCUCAACCUCUGGAAGGUGAAAGAUGUUGGACAACUGCACGAGAUCGACGACGAGCUGAUGCGUUUCUUCGACAAGUGUCAGAGGUUUGUGGAGAGUGUGGAGAACAACCCGAGCGCCCUGAUGGAGGUGAAGCUGUUCAAGGCCUCCGCAGCCAUGCAGAAGGUGCAGAGGAAGAUGGCCGACCGUCUGCGGGUGCCCUACAGCCUCGUCACCCCAGCUAUGGUGGAGGCAGCCUUCUUCCUCUGCUCCUAUGAGUUUGCCAUCAAGUCCCUCCACUCCCCCUGGUGUCAGCUCUUCGACGAGGAAGAUGCCUUGGUGCUGGAGUACAAGAAUGACCUGAAGCAGUACUGGAAGAGAGGCUAUGGUCACAACAUCAACCGCAAGUCCAGCUGCACUCUCUUCCACGACCUGUUCAACCGCCUGGACCUAAUUUCACAUCAGCACAGGUCGGGCCAGGUGUCGGAGGCGGUCACCGUCCAGGUGGGCCACGGCGAGACCCUCCUCCCCCUGCUCUCCCUCCUGGGCUUCUUCCGGGACGUGACCCCCCUCACGGCUGACAACUUCCUGUCCCAGCGCGAGCGCGCCUUCCGCACCAGCCGCAUCGUCCCCUACGCCGCCAACCUGCUGUUCGUGCUGUACGCGUGUGGCGAGGGCCCGCGCCUGCAGGUCCUGCUCAACGAGAGGCCUGUGACCUUCCCUGGGAUGAAGGAACCGGCCCCGCUGUACCGCGAGGUCAGGGAGCGCUACGGAGCCCUGCUGCAGGGCUGCGACUUCUACCGGGAGUGUGGCGUGACCCCAUCCCGACACACCGAGCCCCACCACCCACCCAGUCACAACUCUGAACUGUGACCCAGGAUGUGUGGGCCUGCAGCACCAGGCUGAACGCAUUCUGAAUACAUUAUUCCGGUUUCCUUGAUUCAGACUGUAUCUCAUAUUCAUGGUUGCUGGACCAGUAUUGAAUACUGUUGUGCACAAGCACCUAUACCAGCAUGUACCUUAGUCAGUUGUGCCAAAAUGUGCUAAAUUAAAUCAGUGUUAUAAGUAACACUUCUACUAUACAGGGUUAAGGGGACUAUUGGUUUUGAGACGGAGGGUUUCAACCAAACAAGUUGUAGUGUACACUACAGCAAACUGUGUACUAUUUUUAAGACACAAAAAAGUUAUAUAACCAAAAUAUAGCCUUACAUGUCUCAGGUGUCUACUUAAUAUUUCAGAUUUUGGUUUUUACUUUGAUGAUGAAUGAGAAUCUGAGUUUUAUUCAAACCCGAUUUUCCAAACCAAGAUGGAGCUUUAAACUUUAUUGCCUUGAAUUCACAUUUAAUGUAUUUCAACUUUUUCCUUAAAACUGUCAAUAUAGUUUUUUAUCCAGAAGAUCAGACAAAUGGGCAACCCAAUGUGUAAACGGGUAUUCCAGCGCAAGGGAUAUACUCCACAGGAACACCAGGGUUUGAAAGGCAAAUGAAUUGUAAUUAAUUAUAUUCUUUAUACAUUGUUGAUCAUAGCCUACUAGGUAUCAUGCACUCAUUCUCAUGAUUCCGAAACGACGUGUUUAGAGGUGGAUGCUGAUCGGAUUAUUUGGCUUGUGUUGGGCAGUUUUCAGUAACUGGAGCGAAAUUUCUUUUCUUUUUCAAGUUUUAAUAAAUUGAUUUUCAAACUGUCAA